CAGCUGGUUUAAAAUUGUCAUUUGAACCUGCCCCAUACUUCACAUAUAACGACGCAGUUUCCGCUCGCCGCAGUCGAUAGUAGACACAAUAAACUCCAGCCGCCUUGCUGAUUGUCUGGGAGCAGGUGGACCAUGUCGAAUACAUCAGUUCGCCCCAUUCCCACGCUAAAGGGCAUCUUUUCGGUGCCGCGCGUCACACAGUCCCGAAACUUCCUCAAGGAAAACAAGGUGAGCCUGCGGUCGCUGGAGAAGACCACCAGUCAGAAGUUGGCCGCCAAGGAGCCAGUGCGUCCCAAAUGGAUGCCUCCGCUGCGACGCUCUUCCUCCGAGUUGAGGGAGCCGAAGACGGACAGGCCACCGGCCAGGGCCAAGAUCGGGCAUCAGAACUCUCUGCAGGGCACUCGAAGCAACUCCCGUUCCCAGCACCAACUGGCACUGGCCAUUCCGGCGGAGGGGGAACGAUUCGACGGACUGGAGGAACGCAAUCCCGCCUUGUAUGACCCGUCGGAGAAUGUGGAGGCGGAGAGCCUCCUAGAGCCGUCAUCAGACCCACCAUCCGAUCGCUGCCAAUCCUGCGGCACCAAUCGCAGCUCCACCAGCAUCGGCAUUCAGACCGAGGACAUUACUGACGAGCUGUACCUCACCAAUGCACUGAAAAAAUGCAGUUUCGAUGGUGGAUCUGUAAUCGAGGCGCCACUCACAAAGUACGAGGACAACCGCAGACCCAUGCAGUAUGAAAACGAGGAGGAGCUGGAGCAGCUGCCGCUCUCUGCCCGCUCCAACUCCUCGAAGCAGAGCCGCUUCCACAUGUCCGAGCUCGAGGCCGAGCCCAUCAACUACGGCGCCUCGGACGACGAGGCACCACUCAGCGCCCGUAGUCGCUUCACAACGGCCUCUAAUGUCACCACCAUCACCUCCAAGUCGAAGCGUCGUGAGCACAAACUGGGAUCUCGGGAUGAGGUGCGCUUGCCGCGAUACUUGGAGAAACAGAAGCGCGAAAAGGCCGUGGCCAAGCAGAUUGCAGAUGCGCAGGAACCCGACUGUCCACGUGGCCAUGUGUUGCUCAGCGACCAAGAUCGACUGACCCACCUCACCAACGCCCAGAAGCGCUACGAACAGCUCGUCGAUGAGUUAAAUCACAUGCCCAUGACUGCACAGACUUUGCGUGUGCGCAACCGUAAGGCUGAGAUCGACAAGGAGCUGACCACCGUUGAGGAGGACAUCCGCAUCUACUCCAAGGCGAAGGUCUUCGUGCUGGCCAACAAGUCGCGCCAACUGUGAGACCUCGUGUAGCCCCAAACAAAUUGAAGCACUCCAUCAACUGACUGACUAAGCUACUGGGAACUAGGAUUUCCAAAACGAGUGUUCCUUUGAAAACAUGCCUUACGUUAAUUAUAUAUUUUUUAGCUGAGCCUUGGAUCGCAGGCAGUUCCGAAAACAUUCUGCCCAGCUCAACGAGCGAUCCCAACAGCCAGCCACUACAGUUACAGAUUAAAAGCCGCUCAACAAACUCA